AUAAUAUGUAAUAUUUACAACACUAUGCUUUUCACUGUAGAAUGGAAAUUAUAUGAAGCCAUGAAGUUGGAGAGUGGGACUACAAGGAUUUACAAACAUGAUGCCGAUGCCAUGCGGAUUCCUCGGUUGUCCAACCAGCCGCCGACUCUGCAGGCCAUCCCAAUACUAAAUAAUGAGGAUGAUGCUAAGGGUUCUUUGUCACUCAAAGUAUCUCUUGAAAAACCGUGCCGUCACCCUUGUUUGAAUGGUUGGACUCCCGAAAAAUGGAGCUUCAAGCUAGUAUAUUAUGCCUACCGCAGCUGGUUUGUUUUUGUUAUUUGUUUUCCCAAUUCUGCUCAUUUUAAGAAUUUUAUUUUAAGCAAUUAUGUUUUGCUUUUUUAAUUCCAUAUCUGCUAGAAAGAGUACUUGGAGAGCAUCAGGUCGGUUGCAUGCAAAACUGAGGAGAUUGAGGCCAUUGGGUGUAAUUUGGU